ACACAAAGUUAAUAUUUGACAUGGAAAUCCCUGCUAGUUUACUCAUGGCGUCUGGAACAUUUGCAUAUGUGGCCGUGAAGGCUUCAAUACACGCCUUUGACAGUGCAGUGUUUGGUCUCAAUGAUGACGAACUUAAGGCUUUGGUCAAAAAGUUUUCAGACUACAGAAAAGAAGUUAUUAAUGGUGUAUUACUUAAAGCAUCUCCUAUAGAGGUGGUAAAUGCUCUCGGUCAAUUAGGGUAUCGGGUGGUUGCCACUACUGGUGAGGCUGAAGUUAUCUGGACCAUGCAACGUGACCUUUAAAGUUCAAUGUACGUCAAGCCCCAGAGUCUUCAAUUUAUUAGACGUUUGAUUUUCAGGUGUUGCACUUUACCAUGAAAUAUUUUAUUGCAUAUUUAUCAACAUGUCAAGGAAGAAAGCAAUAAUUUUGUAUUUAUAUUUUCUAAUUAAGUGUUGUGAAGUAUGAAACA